GGCUAGCGCAUGCGCCGCGAAGGAAAGUGGCAGGAACCGCUAGUGAGCCAUGCCGACUGUCGGCGUGAAGCGAGAUCUGCUUUUUCAAGCUUUGGGAAGGAGUUACACUGAUGAAGAAUUUGAUGAACUGUGUUUUGAAUUUGGUUUGGAACUUGAUGAAAUUACUUCCGAGAAGGACAUAAUAAGCAAAGAAAAAGGUGAUGGAAAAGCAGAGGGUGCAUCAGAAACUAUUCUGUAUAAAAUUGAUGUUCCUGCUAAUCGAUAUGAUCUCCUUUGUUUGGAAGGGCUAGUCAGAGGUCUUCAGAUUUUUAAAGAGAGAAUAAGGGCUCCACGAUAUAAAAAAAUCACACCACCCAAUGGUGAAAUUCAAAGACUUACCAUUAGUGAAGAGACUGCCCAAAUCCGUCCUUAUGCAGUGGCUGCAGUUCUUCGUAAUAUAACUUUUGUCAAAGACCGCUAUGAUAGUUUCAUUGACCUACAAGAGAAAUUGCAUCAAAAUAUAUGCAGGAAGAGAUCAUUAGUUGCAAUUGGUAGUCAUGAUCUAGAUACAAUCUCUGGCCCAUUUAUAUAUACAGCUAAACCACCACCUGAAAUUAAAUUCAAACCAUUGAAUCAGGAUAAAGAAUAUAGUGCUCCCGAAAUCAUGGAAAUGUACAGGACGGAUAGCCAUCUUAGACACUAUCUACAUAUUAUUGAAAAUGAAUCACUUUAUCCAGUUAUCUAUGAUAGCAAUGGUAUUGUUCUCUCCAUGCCACCAAUAAUUAAUGGAGAACAUUCAAAAAUUAGCCUCAACACUAGAAAUGUAUUCAUUGAGUGUACAGCCACAGAUCUUACCAAGGCAAAAAUCGUACUCGAUAUCCUGGUUACAAUGUUUAGUGAAUAUUGCAAUAAGCCAUUUACGGUUGAAGCAGUAGAAGUAACUUAUCCUAAUGGAAAAAGCUACAUCUUUCCAGAGCUGCCCUAUCGUCGUGAAAAGAUAAAACCCGAAAUAAUUAAUAAGAAGAUUGGAAUUAGUGAGACACCAUCAAGCCUUGCCAAGCUGCUUACUAGAAUGUGUUUGAAGUCACACGUCAUCGGGAAUGGGAACAAUAUAGAGGUUGAAAUCCCACCUACAAGAGCUGAUAUUAUCCAUGCAUGUGAUAUCAUAGAAGAUGCAGCAAUAGCGUAUGGCUAUAAUAACAUUCAGAUGACUAUUCCAAAAACGUACACCAUAGCUAAUCAAUUUCCUCUCAAUAAACUCACAGACCUUCUGAGGCAAGAUUUGGCAGCAGCAGGAUUUACUGAAGCCCUCACUUUUGCUCUGUGUUCCCAAGAAGACAUCGCUAGUAAGUUGGGGAUUGAUAUUUCUGCAACAAAAGCUGUACAUAUAGCCAAUCCCAAAACAGCUGAAUUUCAGGUAGCACGGACUACACUGUUGCCUGGACUCUUGAAAACUAUUACAGCUAAUAAAAAGAUGCCUUUACCUCUGAAACUUUUUGAAAUUUCUGAUAUUGUAGUGAAAGAUUCCACCAUGGAUGUAGGUGCAAAAAACCAUAGGCAUCUUUGUGCUAUCUAUUAUAACAGAAACCCUGGCUUUGAGAUAAUUCAUGGGUUAUUGGAUAGAAUCAUGCAGCUCCUGGAAGUCCCUCCAAGUAAAGAGAAUGGAUAUUAUAUUAAAGCAGCUGAAGACUCUGCUUUCUUCCCUGGUCGUUGUGCUGAGAUCUUUGCCAAGGGACAGAGCAUUGGGAACUUGGGGGUUCUUCAUCCUGAUGUUGUCACCAAAUUUGAGCUCACCAUGCCCUGUUCUGCUUUAGAAAUCACAAUUGAGCCUUUCCAGUAAGAACAUCCUCCUUUGGCCCAACUUCAUUCUCCAUUUUAUUUCGUCUUACUACUGCCUAGCAAUUUUCUGUAUGUCAAACUAUUAGACCAAUGUUACAUUAGGCUUUAUUAGGAUUUAAUACCUUAUUACCGUAAUAAUAAAAGCUUUGUUAACCAGUUAAAGGCUCUUUUUAACAGUUAAGGACAUCAGUCCUUUUUUUUAAAGGCAAAGUUCAGUCAAGUAUCAUAAAUAUGUAUUGGCUAAAUAUUUUUUGUUAUCUCAAAUGAUUUAGUUAUUGAAAUAUAGACUGUUAACUUAUGGCAGCUGCUCCAAAUAGAGUGAUAAUUUAUAAAAACAAAUGUUAACUAAAUUGAGAGGUUAAAUUUUUCCUAAGCAUACAUGUGUCUUGUAAGCAGAAAUAAACUUGUGUCCCCCC